AUGGCCAAAAAACAAGCCGGUCCCGCCUACGUCCUCGGCGUGGGCAUGACCAAGUUCAUCAAACCUCGCGGUAAAGUCGACUAUCACGAGCUCGGCUUCGAGGCCGGCGUCAAGGCCAUGUUGGACGCCCAGAUCAGCUACGACGACGUCGACCAGGGCGUGGCGUGCUACUGCUACGGAGACUCUACCUGCGGCCAGCGUGUCUUCUACCAAUUCGGCCUCACCAGCAUCCCUAUCUAUAACGUCAACAACAACUGCUCCACAGGGUCUACGGGCCUGGCCAUGGCGCGGACGAUGGUCGGGCACGGCGCUGCGGACUGCGUGCUCGUUGUGGGCUUUGAGAAGAUGAACCCGGGCAGCCUCCAGGCGAACUUCAAUGACCGCGCGAACCCCACCGGACUCUUUGGUGACAUGAUGGCGGAGACUCGCGGCGUCACUAAUGCCCCUGGCGCGGCGCAGAUGUUUGGAAAUGCUGCUCUUGAGUAUAUGGAGAAGUGA